UGUCACUCUGAACGAGGCUUUAUGUGCUGUCUGUCAGUCUUACUGCUCCAUGUAGUGCUACGUGUUUUUUAGUGUCUAGUCUACUUCUCCGUACUGUCUGUGUAGAUCUACAUGACUGUAGCUGGUCGGAUCGUUGGAGUAGCUGCGAUCGCGAGUGGAUCUAUGCGCGUGCGAGUACGCCAGUCGCUAGAGCUAGCAAAAUCGAAAGGAGAAGUCAAAAUAAACGUUUACGUAGGUCAGCGCAGCGCACGAUUCAAUAGUAGUGAUCGUCACUAGCCUACUAUUAUAUGUAGUGAGCCGCUAGGCGCUAGCGCGCUGAUCUACACGGCGAGUUGCUAGCUAGCUGAAUAGAACAGUAUGUUUCAGUAUCACGGAGAUAACACGCACGGAGUCCGUCGUAGUUCGCACGAAGAAGGCGCAGAACUAGAAGACUUCGCCUUCCUUCGCUCGCGAGUCGCGACAGCAGAAAACGCGUCGGCCUUACAAAUGCUACAACGGACCAUGCAAGGUCGAUCUCCAGCUUUUCUACAAGCUCCGACUGGAGCUGCCACCGGAGGUGCGCAUGGUUCAAGGAUGUCGGGUGCCGCCAAUCUGCGAAGCAGUGGACGUACUGCAGCAGCAGCAACAGCCUCCAGACCAAAUGUUGCCGUGGCGGGCAUAGUGGAAGAAAGCCAACAAAGCCGCAACGCUGCAACAGUAGGUCUCGCCCAGAGCUUUUUCAGUCCACCAAACAGCAGUCUGGCCCAGCUCUUGCCUUCCUCGCACGCGGCGACAACAGCAACAGCAAAUCCAGGCCUCUCAGCCAGUUUAUUCCCAGUUGCGGGCGUCGGACUCGAUGAAAACUCGCUCCAUCCAGAGGCGGCAGAAACACUGGCAGCUGAGGACUCACAGGGGUCUGACAACAAUGCCUUGUCCCCAAACAGCGUGAACGAGCAAUUAGAGGUGCUAGCUACUGAAGUUAGAAAUCGGCCUUUCCUAUGGGAGACUACAGAUGAAGACAGAAAAGUUCCUUACGUCAAUAGGCGCUCGGCCAAGGAAGCAGGCUGGCAGGAGAUUGGUGAACGAACGGGUUUAUCAGUGGAUGAAUGCAGGAAGCGAUUCAAGAACUUGCGAGACCGCUAUGUGAAGGCGUUGAAAGAACACAGCAAAUCUGGCCUAGAACCGAAGUGGAGGUUCUACAGGAAGCUGGACUUUCUCAAAGGCACCGUGAGGAAGAUUUACAGGCAGGACUUUGAGAGUACCAUCGAUUCGGAAAAUCUCGUACAAACUCUUGUCGCACUCAACCCUGGCGUGGCGUCACCAGGGAUGGCUUCAGCAGCUACUGGCCAGCCAAGCGCCAACUCCAGCAUAAUGAUGUCAUCUGAACCGGUCAUGACUCAGACUGGCAGCAGCAUCAGCAAGAACAACAGCCACACACCGACUGGCCGAGCGCAGAAGAGAGUCCUGCCAUCACAAGCUGGCCAGCAAGCAAAAAGAGUUCAAUUAUCGUAUGCUGGCCAGUCCAGUCCUUCGCUGAAUAGUGGCGUUCAGAGGUCUGCUUCGAAUACCAUAGACCUGACGCAGAGUCGCUUUCACGGCGACGAUAUUGACUUGUUCACAGCCAAUGUUGCAAGUCAAAUGAGACUACUCAGCCCGCAGGCCGUCGACCUGGCAAAGGUACGUAUACAGCAGGCUCUGUAUGAUGUCAAGUACCAACAGCAGCCAAAGAGGACUGACACACCGCUAUCUUCAUCACCCAGCAACAACACAUCAGCAGCCAGUGACUCAAACCCAGCAUGUAACGAGUGAUCCUCACUGACGGGAACAUGUUAACUGAUGGUGAUGAUACAGUAGCCAGUGUACAAUGUGCUACAGACUGCUAUUACUCAACAAUAUCCAUACUUCCUGCACUUCAACUAUUCUCAUCCAGUUUUUGAGUCGAAAGACGCAUAUUGUCUGGUUGGACUUGAGUUUUUUUUUUCGACACUCGAAGUAUUAGUAGAUGGCAGGAUGGUGUGUGAGCUAAUUAGGAAUCUUUCACCUUAUUGGCCACUAGAUCGUCAGAAAAAACUCAGAAAAGUAUUGUAAAAAUGUAGUGGUGUCGCUGCUAUGCUUGUUUGUCUGUCAUAUUUCGCGUACUGAGAGAUCUUGAGUUGUAAGAACUUCCCAGAUACAAUACACAAAAAUCACAACGCAAUGCGGUUACUUUUGGAUGA